AUGUCCUCCUUGCAUGCGACAGCGCCAGGCGCCGCCGAUGAGCCAUCCUGGCGGCUUCGCGAUGUCUGGACAGAUGUUGGCGAUCGCUUCGUGACCCUCGCUGAGUUUGAGGCUGCUCAGGCCGUGCACUACGGAGCCCAUGCAGCACAGGUCAGCUACCGCAGAAGCCGCCCAACGGCCGGCCAGGUGCUGGUGUUGGUGAUGGCCAGCCGGUCGCUGCAAGACCGUGUGUCGCUGCUGGAGCAAUCCUGGUCUGGGGUGGACCUGCAGCGGAUCUACCUGGUAGAUGACUGGCUGGACACGGCUCCACGCGAGAGGCAGUGGCAGCCAGACACGUCGCGCGGCGCUGCGGGCGGGGGCUUCGAUGGCCUCGAGAGCAACUACUGGGAUGCCCAGAGCCGGCAGUUGGAGUUCAUGCGCGGCCACCCCAAUGUCAGCAGCCUCAGCAGCAGAUUGGCCACUCCUCCACGUUGGGUCUUGCUGGCGGACGACGACACUUUCUUACAGGUGGACGUGCUCUUAGACUUUCUGGCUGGCCAUGAUCCCCAGGUGCCUGCAAUGUUUGGAUAUGUGCUCAGUGAUGCGCACGUCCUGGGCUAUGAUUAUCCGUGUGGCGGAGCUGGCAUGCUGGUCUCUGCCGCAGCCUAUGAUGUACUGGCCUCGCGUUUGCUGGGUCCCGAAUGUCCGCUUUUGGCUUUCAAUGACCUUACCAUUGGCUUCUGCGCGCAUUCCCGCGGAGUGCCCCUUGUCCACCAUCCCGGCAUGCACUGCGCUCCGGAUGUGAACAGGGCCAUGCGGCCCGGAGAGAAUCUCCUGGACAUCCAGAAGGGCGUGGCAGUGCACCGACUCAUUGGAUUCCAGAGCUUUCUUGACAUGAUCGGGACUUUGGAGGUUUUGAAAAACCAGCUGCAGCCGCUCAGAGAGCGCCGCUGCCUGCUGGCCGCACGCUCUCCAGAAACCGAUGAAAGCCCGCUGGACUCGCGGCGGUUCUUCUGGUCUGUGGAGGCGCUGGCGGAGACGGUGAGUGCCUGUCGGGCCUUUGCCCCGAGAGCUCCGCAGGACGAGGAGGAUCCGCUGCAUUUGGAGUUCCUCCUCUUCGGUGGUGGGCUCCCGGUGGCUCGGUACCACGAGGACCGGCAUGUGCCCCUGGUUGCUUCGCCGGUCUCACGCGCACCCCGCUGGCCGGAGUGGAUGGAGCAGCUCCGCCACCUCCGAUGCGCAGGCGGUGCCUUGCCGUGCCGCGAGAAGCCGGCGGAGGAGGGGCUGUUGGACAUGGCGGACUCAGCGGAUGCGGCGGUUCCGGUAAGCUGGUCGGCAUCCUGGACGCCUGCGGUGCCGCGGCUCGGAGAGCUGCAGGUGCAGGCCACGGGUGUCGAGGCCCUGGCUGCCUCGGCCGAGGUGGAGCCGCAGACAGUCGAGCAGAGCUUCGCGGCGCUGCAGGCCACGGGAAGCUCGUGGCUCGGGGAGGUCAAGAAGGCGGCACGGCGUUUCGUGAAAGUGAAGGACGAGAAGGAGGGAUCGCGACACUCACCGGGACCUGGCCGACGCUGGCUCUUCCUGGAUUUCUCGCCGUCUUCAACCUUUCUGAAUGUCUUCGAGUCUUUGCGCGUCCUCCGGACAGUGUCUGGCCUCUUCUUCGGAGGAAGGUUCCUUGGCCCAUACGUUGAGGACGUCCGAGGCCCUGUGGACCUCGGCGCGGAGGCGCCACCCCCGCUGGGCGUCGCCUACGAGUACUUCGACCUGAAUGUGGAGCAGGCUGCCGGGGUCUGGCUCAACGGUGUGGCGGCCCAGCGGCUCCUUCGCUGCCAACCCCUGAGCCAUCCCAUUAGCUUGGACCCAGAGGCGCACAGAAACGACUGGCCUACAGAGGAGGAGAGGCUGGCGCUGAUGUGGCACAACGCCCUGGCCGUGGAUAUCUUCAGGACGCUCCGCUUCUGUGGUGUCAUCCUUCUGCAUGCGCCUGCCAUGGUGCCCCACGCUUUGUCUUACCUACCGUACUCCACGUACCGCAGGGCCCACGCCCCGUCCGUGGCUACCGCUAUGUCCAUCGGGAACGUCGCCUCACGCGAGCAGAUGAGGUCUCUGUCGCAGCUGGUCCAGCGUCGUGCCUGCGCGGCACACCGCCGAAACCUGCAGGCCUCUGGCAGAGAGCCCCUUCCCGCCCUCCUAAGCAGUGCUCUCCAAGCGGAGCUCUCAGGUGACCUUGAAGUGAACUUGACAGAACCGGCUUGGCGGCUACCAGGUGCCCGCUUCCUGGGCCAGUCGCUGGUGGCCUUCCGCUCUGAGCACUUCUUGCCGGACGCGCAAGCUGCAGGACACGGGGCACAAUGGGGGGACCAUGACGGGACAGGGAGAACGGGUGGCCUAGGGGUAGCAAGAGAGCACGGCACAUGCGAAAAGAGCGGAAAUUAA